AUGAGGUUGUUUUUGUCUUUUCGAGGGCAUAUACCAUUUGGAAACGAGAUUUUAACUUGCAUAUGCCAAUCAAAUCGUCCUUCUAGAAAAGAGUAUUAUCUCAAAUACCUACUACAUGAGAGAAAAAAGCCAUUAUUGAUCCCUAUUUUGUCAAGAUCACUCGACACUUUUGCUAUGCUACUCUACAUUCAUGAGAUUGACUUUUCGCCAAAAUACAAUAAAGAAUACCUAAACACCCGGCUGGGUUUUCAUCUUCAUUGGAGCAGUUGUUUGGAGUCGACAUUGCAGGAAGAAGAUAAAGAGCAGAAGAACGUGUUUCAGGUGAUGGAUUCUUUAUUGAGCUCUGAAGGAGAUUCACAGAGGACACAGUACCCAUACGUAACAGGUACAUCUGUGAUUGGAAUCAAAUACAAGGAUGGUGUUCUCAUGGCUGCUGACAUGGGAGGGUCAUAUGGAUCCACCAUUCGCUAUAAGAGUGUGGAGCGAAUAAAGCAAAUUGGCAAACAUUCUCUUCUUGGUGCAAGUGGAGAAAUCAGUGAUUUCCAGGAAAUUCUAAAAUACCUUGAUGAUCUCAUAUUGAAUGACAAGAUGUGGGAUGAUGGGAACUCACUUGGACCUAAAGAGGUCCACAAUUAUCUAACUCGGGUCAUGUACAAUCGCCGCAACAAGUUUGACCCUUUAUGGAAUUCCCUUAUAAUCGGUGGAGUCAAAAACGGCCAUAAAUAUCUAGGAUCGGUGAGCAUGAUUGGUGUACAUUUUGAGGAUGAUCAUGUUGCAACUGGAUUUGGGAAUCACCUGGCGCGUCCAAUUCUUCGUGAGGAAUGGAGGGAGGAUUUGACUUUUGAGGAGGGUGUUAAAUUGUUGGAGAAAUGCAUGCGUAAUCUUCUAUAUCGUGACAGAUCUGCUGUCAACAAGCUGCAGAUAGCAAAGAUUACGGAUGAAGGAAUGACCAUCUCCCAGCCCUACUCUUUGAAGACUUUCUGGAAUUUUGCUGCUUUUGAGAAUCCUACUGUUGGAGCUGAGGGGUCAUGGUAGGCAUUUGAAUUUUCAAAUUCCAACUACUACCCAAAAAACAUAUAUGUUACCUUGGCUUGAUGGAUGUUUUUUUUUUUUAAUUAAAUGUUCUCAAAUAUUGUUAUGUGAUACUAUUAAACUUCUGUGUUUACCGGUUUUAGAUUUUCAAGUUCCGGUAGAUGGACUUGAUCCUUGUGUUUAACUUUAGUUUUAAUCUGUUUGGAUCUCUGAUUACCUGUUUGCAUUAAAUGCUAUCUAGAUAAAUGAUGUCUGUCCAAAGAUAUUUGAUUGGCU